AUGAUAUCUGGUGGUGGUAGCAACUCGACGCCGACGAUAACCCUUCCCGCGCCGAUGCGCUCCGACACCUCGAGCUGCACUCCUCGCAGCGCCAUGAGCACCACGCUUACCCCAGGUUCAGCGCAAGGCGAGGAUGCAGCCCACGCCAAUGUUGUGUCAACGACGAGUACAAUAAGAGCAGGGGAAGAAGCCCAAGGAACGAGCGCCUCCGAGUCAGGGACCGUACAGCAAGAGCUUCCUCCGCAGGAUCGUGGAUGGCCAGCGUGGCGCUUCGUACUCGCGAGUUGCUUGCUCGACCUCUUUGUCAGUUCUGUGCAAAAAGCAUCGCAGGAGGGGGUCCAAUCAGUGGCUGAUCAUCCUACGCCCCUACAGAUCUGGGGUGGCACCUUCGCGUACGGCACUUGGCUCGAAUACUACCUCUCGCACCCUCCCUUCCAGAACGAAUCGCCCGUCUCGCUCGGUGCCGUCGGAACGGUCGCGCUCGCGCUCAACUACGCCGAGACGCUCAUCGGUAUCAUCCUCUGCGGCAAAUACCCGCACCAUAUUCGCAAAGGACUGUGGGCUUGCCUCGUCGUGUACAGUGGGAGUUUGCUCUUUGCAAGUUUUGCUCGGCAGGUCAGUAGCUUCGGCUCCUAUUGGCUUUGUUUCCCAGAUGACAGGGGCUGAUCCGACAUAUCCUACGGCAGCUGUGGACGUUGAUGCUCUUUCAGGGCGUGCUGGCCGGUAGCGCUGGCGGGUUGUUGUACGCUCCAAUCUACGUAUGGCUUUCGCAAUGGUUUCAAGCUCGAAGGGCAUUGGCGGGAGGAACCAUCUUUGCGGGAGCAGGCGUCGGAGGGUGAGCAGAUUCUUCCCUUCCCUCGUUGCUUCCUCCCAUGCUUCGAUCUAACCUCCUGCAACGCUUGCGACACCCCUAGAUUCGCCUUCCCCUUAAUUCUCAACGCACUUCUCCCUCCCUUGGGUUUCCGAUGGACUCUUCGCCUUUUCGCAUUGAUCACCCUCAUUAUCUGCGGUCUCUCCGUCCAUCUCCUCCAACCGCGUCUACCGAUCGUCCGACCCCCACUCAAAUCUCUCCCCUCCUCAUCGCUGGCCCCCAAUCAACUACAGGCGCGUCAAGACCAUGCUUCGGCCUCCAAAAUCUCCUUCUCGAUCCUCUACGACCCUUCCUUCCUCCUCGUAUCCGGCACCGUCCUCACACAAGGGAUGAUGUUUUCCCCUAUCCUAACUUACCUUCCGACCUAUCUCACCUCGUUCGAAUCACCAACUUUGGCAUCGCUCACUCUCGCAAUUUUGAACGCGGCUACGAUCCCGGGCUUGAUCAUGACGGGUCAUUUAUGCGAUCGAUACCCUUAUACUUGGGUGCAAGCCGUAUCGACCCUCUUAGCGACGCUCUCGAUUUUCCUCCUCCUUCAAGCGGGGGAUACUUUAUCGAAAACCCUUAUUUUCGCACUCUUGAUCGGCGUCAGUGCAGGAGGUUUCGCUUCGACGUGGUUCCCUUCCUCCAUCGACGUCGCGACACGUACGGGGAGGAAGAAGGAUGCGUCCCAAUCGGCGGUCGUGUUUGGGUACCUUGCGAUCGUCAGAGGGGUGGCGUCCAUCGUGGGACCCGUUAUCGCGGGUUCGGUCUAUAAACCGACUAGGGUGGAAGGGGGGGAGAGGAUGGGUAAGUUUGGAUUAGGGAGCUUCGUGGUGUUGAGUGGGACUUUGGGUGUGGUUGCGUUGGGUUUUGUGUUGGGGAACGAGUUGUAUAGGAGGUGGAGGCGGGGGUUGAGCAUGAGAAGGGAGGAAGAGCGGGUUGGGAAGGAGUUGGAGGAGCUCAAGUAG